GGAGCCGGGCCCGGGAAGCCCCGGGAGGCGGAGUCAGGACGGGACUUUCCCGGUACCGCGGCCGGGGCGCGACGGCUGGGCUGGGGCUGGGAUGAAGUGAGAAGAAAUGUGGAGCAAGAGAGUGUGCUCGGAGGCUCUGCUCUGAUCCUGCCCCUUUGCUAGAAGUCACCGGUGGUUUUCCGUGGUCAGGCAGACCUUGACACCAGUGGAACCCCUCCCUGUCUGUGGUACUGGCAGUCCCUGUGGCGAUGCUGGGGCUGGACGGGUUGUUGAGACCAGCCUCUUCCUCCCCGGGACUUUCCGGAGCGGCGGUGCCUUCCUGCAGCCCCGGUACCCGCUCAACCCCCCUCUCCCCGCAGGCCGGCGGCCGGCCCCGCGCCGACAUGGACGAGCAGUACCAGCCGUGCCUGGAUGGGAUUGACUACGAUGACUUCAGUUUUGGUUCCCACAUGAUGGAGCAGAAGGAGCCCCUGAUUGAGACGGAAGGUCCCUACCUCGUCAUUAUUGAGCAGCCAAAGCAGCGGGGUUUCCGGUUUCGGUACGGCUGUGAGGGCCCUUCACAUGGGGGGCUGCCAGGAGCAUCCAGUGAGAAAGGGCGCAAGACCUAUCCCACAGUCAAGAUCUGCAACUACACAGGGAUGGCCCGGAUCGAGGUUGACCUGGUGACGCACAGUGACCCUCCUCGUGUACAUGCCCACAGCCUGGUGGGCAAGCAGUGCAACGAGGCUGGCAACUGUGUCACGAUCGUGGGACCCAAGGACAUGACAGCUCAGUUCAGCAACCUGGGCGUGCUCCAUGUCACCAAGAAGAAUAUGAUGGAGAUCAUGAAGGAAAAGCUGAAGCAGCAGAAGAUGCGCAACAGGAGCCAUCUGCUGACGGAAGCGGAGCUGCGUGAGAUCGAGCUGGAGGCGAAGGAGCUGAAGAAGGUGAUGGACCUGAGCAUCGUGCGGUUGCGCUUCACCGCCUACCUCCGUGACAGCAGCGGGAACUUCACGCUGGCCCUCCAGCCUGUCAUCUCGGAUCCCAUCCACGACAGCAAGUCCCCAGGAGCUUCCAACCUGAAGAUCUCACGAAUGGAUAAGACAGCAGGCUCCGUGCGGGGAGGGGACGAAGUCUACUUGCUGUGUGAUAAAGUUCAGAAAGAUGACAUCGAGGUGCGUUUCUACGAGGAUGACGAUAACGGCUGGCAGGCUUUUGGGGACUUUUCCCCCACAGAUGUGCACAAACAGUAUGCCAUUGUCUUCCGCACACCCCCCUACCACAAGCCCAAGAUCGACCGUCCUGUCACCGUCUUCCUGCAGCUGAAGCGGAAACGGGGAGGAGACGUGAGCGACUCCAAGCAGUUCACCUACUACCCGGUGGUGGAAGACAAGGAAGAAGUGGAGAGGAAGCGCAAGAAAGUCCUGCCUCAGUUUCCCCAACACUUUGGUGGGGGCUCACACAUGGGGGGUGCUGGAGGGGGUGCCGGAGGCUUCGGCUCUGGAGGAGGUGGCAACCUCAGCUUCCCCUACUCUCCUGGGCUACCCUACAACAACAUCUACUCACCUGGACCCCACCCUGUGGGGAGCUACCAGGGGGGUGUGCAGAUGAAGGGCCCCGAGGCAGAGGGGCCCGGGAGCGACAGGCAGGCACCUGCAGAGAGCACAUACUGCAAGGAGCUGCAGAAGCAUGCCCAGCUGUACCAGCUCUGGAUGCUGGCUCUAGCCCGUCGCAAUGCCCAUGCCUUGCUUGACUACUCGGUCACUGCCGACCCCCGUAUGCUGCUGGCAGUCCAGAGGCACCUGGCUGCAUCACAGGACGAGAAUGGAGACACGCCUUUGCACCUCGCUAUUAUCCAUGAGCAGACAGCUGUGAUCAAGCAGCUGAUCGAGGUCAUUGUUAGCAUCCCCAGCCAGCAGAUCAUCAACAUCUCCAAUAACCUGCAACAGACGCCGCUGCAUCUGGCAGUCAUCACCAAGCAGCCCCAAGUGGUCCAGCUCCUGCUGCAAGCCCGCGCUGACCCAACCUUGUUGGACCGCUACGGCAAUUCCCUGCUGCACCUGGCACUCCAGGCUGGCGAUGAAGAGAUGCUGAAGACACUGCUGGCCCACCUGGGCUCAGCUGCCCCUUACCUGCUCCGCCUGCCCAAUUUCCAUGGCCUCCUGCCUGUGCACUUGGCUGUGAAAGCAAAGAGUUUGGCCUGCCUGGACCUGCUGGUCAGGACGGGAGCAGACGUGAAUGCAGCGGAGAGGCAAAGUGGGAGGACUCCACUGCACCUGGCUGUGGAGAUGGAGAACCUGAACAUGGCUACCCACCUGGUGAAAAAGCUGGGAGCAGAUGUCAACAGCCGGACUUUCGCCGGGAACACCCCCCUGCACCUGGCUGCUGGCCUGGGCUCCCCUACCCUCACCAAACUGCUCCUCAAAGCUGGGGCAGAUGUUCUGUGUGAGAAUGACGAGCCCAUGAGCCUAUCCUCAUCGGAGGCCAGCAGCGACACGGACACUGACCCUGAGGAGCAGGAGCUGGCCAUGGAGCUGGGGGAGCCAGCCCUGGCUGCAGAGCACAGCACCAACCCCAAGCUCCCCAUGCAGGGGCACUGGCAGGCAGGGCACAGGCAGCGCCGCUGCCACACAUCCCUGGACCUGACUCGGAGCCAGAAGGUGCGGGAGAUACUGCUGCAGGCCUCCCAGCAGGGGCCCAAGGUGGAGCUGCCUACCACUCCCCAGCCAGGGAAGGUCCUGUCACUGGACAGUGAGGCACUGCAGGGGCUAGAGCAGCUGCUAAACCAGGACUGCAGUGGGUCAGACUGGAUCGAGCUGGCCAAGCGCCUGGGGCUCUGCAGCCUCGUGGAGACCUACAAGGACACCCCCUCGCCCAGCGUCAGCCUCCUGCGCAGUUACGAGCUGGCAGGCGGCAGCCUGGGAGGACUGCUGGAGGCAUUGGACUCUAUGGGGCUCCACAACGCCGUGAGGAUGCUCCACAAAACUGAGGCACUGGAGAAGCUGCAAAGCACAGAGCUGAAGGAAGACAGCGCCUACGGCAGUGAGUCGGUGGAGGAGGAGCAGAAGCCCACGUUGGCCUUGAAGACAGGGGGUGAGCUGCCCCCCAGCCAGCAGCCACAGGUGCACUGAGGAGCCAGUAGCCCCUGUGCCCACACACUGCCCUCUGCCUUGCCCACACAAGUGCCUUCUGGACUUGGGGUCCUGGCUGCAUGGACUGAGGGGGAUGGGACGCAGCCGGCUCCUGCCCCUCUCUGCUCUUAUUUAAUGGUCCCUCUUCUAAAUAAAAAUACACAGUUUCCAUUA